ACGAACGGCUCCCCCCGCCGCGGUCACUCGUGUCGGUCUCGUUAACUUCUACUGAUUAAAGCGGAAAUAAUUACUUCUUCACAUCGGGUAAAACGUUGUUGCCUGCUUCGUGUUAGCCUCGCGAGAUAGAAACGUGCGACUGGAGUCCACUUGUUGAUAAAUAGAGUCAGAAUGUAAAUAAACCUGCCGGUUCAGAACACAAACACUUGGCACGCAGCAAUGGCGGGAUAAUAACGAUUGAUUAACGAUAAAAAUUGAUAUAAAUCCGUCAAAAAUUGGAGGGACAAUUGACUCAGUGAUACAACAAUUGAAGUUCCAAGCUUUUAUUUCAAUUUUUUAUUAUAAAAAUUCAGUGUUUUUCGUAUCACCCCGUAAACGUUGUUGUGUGCGCGUGUUAUCCUCGGGAGAUAGAAACGUGCGAAUGAAGUCCAAGUGUCGAUAAAUAGAUUCGGAACAUAAACAAAUGUGCCGGUUCAGAAAACAAACACUUGGCACGCAGCAAUAAAGGGAUAACAACCAUUGAAUAACGAUAAAAAUUGAUAUAAAUCUGUUAAAAUUGGAGAGACAUUUGACUCAGUGAUACAACAGUUGAAGUUCCAAGCUUUUAUUUCAAUUUUUGAUGGUAAAAAUUCAGUGUUUUUCGCAUCAUAACCUCGAAGAGAAAAUAAACAAAGGACGUUAGAGACAAUAGUGGGGAUUGUUAUUGUUGUUUUGGCGAUAAUGUCCGGAAUUGUGCAGUACGUGAUUGUUCGGGGGGAUCUUAUGAAGACCAUGCAGUGGCCAGUGGGGGCUGUCAUAGCUCAGGCAUGUCACGCUUGCACAGCUGUCACACAUUUGUUCUACAAUGAUGAACAUACCCAGGCUUAUUUAGCUGAUUUGGAUAAUAUGCACAAAGUGGUCUUGGAGGCUCCAGAUGAUAAAAGUCUCCAUGACCUGCACUCGAAGCUGGAGGAAUCCAAAGUGGACCAUAAACUCUGGAUAGAACAGCCUGAGAACGUUCCAACGUGUGUAGUUGUUAAGCCCUACCCCAAGGAGGUAAUUCAGAAAUACUUUAAGAAAUUUAAACUGUUCAAAAAUUGAUCGAUCACGAUUUAAUUAAACCAUUCUGAAAUUCUCACUCGA